UGGGGCCGACAGGCCCAGGCACGCCGCCGAGCCGGCGCCAGAGCCGGAGCGCGUGGGCUCGGCAGGGCCAGUGUCGCUCGAGAGGGCGGUGCAGAAACUUGAGAGCGACAACCAGGUUCUGGCGGCGCAGGUUCUGCAGCUCACCAGGUGCAUGAGCGUCUUGGACUCCAUGCCGGCUGCGGCUGGCGUCGAUGGGGCGGCCGUUCCCAACGCUGACAAGCACGCGCUCGCUUCGGGUGCCGCGCAGGUGGAGGAGGGCCCAGCUGGUCUCAGCGUGGGGGUGAUCCUGCAGAAGAUCAGGGCGCUUGAGAUGCAGCUGGCGCAGGCGCAGACCGAGCAGGAAUGCAACGCUGAGAAGGGGGCCAGCGACCGUCCGAAGUUGCCGAUCUUGACGCGCAUGGCCAGCAACACCAAGGUGGGGCAGCUCAUCCAGAAGUUCGAGGGCCAGUUGCACCAGAAAUCAGCCUACCAGGAGAGUGUAACCGGCAAGGUCGCUCUUCCAGUGUCCCUGGAGGCGUCGCGUUCAUUACACCCGACCUCCGACGGCAUGGCGACGCCGGACAUGCCACCUUGCAGGACAUGUCCAAGGUCGGCGGACUGCAUGCGGACUUCGUCCAGCGCUUCUGCUCAGUGGAAGGCGACCGCGCAGCUGCUGGAAGCUGCCGCGCGGCCUGACGAGGACAUGGCGUCCCUGGCGAGCUCGGAGACCCCGCCGAUCAUGCGGCCGCCGCCACGCAGGGACCUGGCGUCACCAGCGAGCCCAGGGACCCCGUAUACGCCGACCAUGUCACCGCCGCGCAGGGCCGAGUCUGUCCGCAUGGCGACGACGCCUGUGCGCAUCAGGCCGGGAGUCGCGCCUGCUGGAGGCGAGUUGCGCAGGUGCGUGACCCCCGUGAUGAUCCGCUCAGGCACGCUCGAAGGCAGUCCUCGAGUGGUUGCUGCACGGCCUGUUUUUGUACAGGGCGUCCUGCCCAGCGCUGCGACAAGGGGAAGCACGGCGCGGAGUCUCAGUCCAGUGGCUAUAUGCAGCAUUACCCGGUCGGGAUCGCCUCUCAGGUAUGGAAUGCCUGCUGCCACUACAACCACGCACGUCUAUCGCCGUGCGGCUGGUUUUCAGGCUCGCGGGUAUGAAUGAGGUGCAGGGAAGCGCGACAGCGAUUCUUUAUCAACGAGGAGCUUGUGAGAUGGGCGCUACCACACCAUGACCUCGUUGCGUAUGCCUUCAGUCAGAAGCUAGGAUUAGAGUUCUAGAUUGGGAUGCGCACAACGAGGCAAGGGUAACGACAGAGAGCGACAGAGGGAGAGAGCGAAGAGUCGGGAUGGCAAAUACUACCUCUGCUGCCUUCCUCGCCACCGCUGCUCCCGCUGCUGCACAGACCUUGGAUUUUGACGGCUGGGUUUUGGGGGCACGGGGUAGUCAAGCCAGCAGUGCCAAGGUGCGGCAUCGAAGUUGAUCGAUCGAUUGGGAGGAGCCCCUUGGCCCCGAGGGCGAAACCAGCGAUGCGAAUGUGACCAACGCUUUAGCAACACACAUAUCAGGUCAUGGGCUGUCCUGCGCAGGUCAUAGACCAGACGAGGAGGAGGGAGAGGAGGAGGAGGGGGAAUUCGACAACGAGUUGUGCAAGAGGAAGCGGUGGAGGCCAGCAGCCACCGCUUGCCGUUGCUUGCCAGGUAUCUCAGUGGUUAGGAACUCAGGGCGCCAAUGAAUUCUUCCGACCUUUUGGCAUGUCACGGGCCUAAGACAGUGAUCGGUCCUCAAUCCAGGCAGUGCUGCGCCGGAAUGAAAUACAUGGCCUAGUUUUCACAUGUUGGUGCAAUGUUGGCCCGGUUGCGAGUAUAGCAGUUCCAACAGGAACGCCCCGUGGCCUUGACUGAAUUUCCUGCGCGAAAUAUCGUCUGGGAAAAUGGAACUAUUUCGCGUAUUUGCUCACGUUACCACGCAGGCCUUGUGUGACAGGUACGUUGGUCAUGUGGCGUGUCAGCGCGCGCGUGGCGCGGUUUUGUUUGCCCG